GAGAACCGAGACAGCAAGAAGAAAGAAGACUCCUUUGUCUUGCAGCUACUUCUUAUCUGGUCUGCAAAGAGAAACAUCUCUAACAUCUGGAGAGCAAUGGAGAACAUGAAUGCAUCAUCUGAGGUCCGUAAGCCGAGUCCAGCUGAGCUCAAGCAGAAGGACAGCAGACAGUUUAAGAGCAAAGCUCCCAAACCGGGACAGAAAGGCUUUGACAGCGCUCUGCCGGGGAUGGAGGGGCUGGACGACGCCGCCGUGAUCUGCCCCUGGGAGGAGUUUGGUGACGUAGAGCUGAGUGAUCUGGCUCAGUUUGGAACCGCCUAGAUCCCAGCUGGAAAAG